UUGAAUUGAUAGGUUAAGGGCCUCCCUCUUUGGUGACCCUAUCAUUUAUCCUUCACUGAUUAUUUAUCCUUAUCAAACAGGCCUCGCAAUCCAGAUAUGAUAUGUUAAGACAUCUCUAUUGGAAUGGAAACACUUGGGAGGUUACCACUGCAAAAGACUUUAUUAAAGCAAACAACUUACAACUGGAAAAGAAGGUGUUGCUCCGACACAAUAAUAUCUUCAGCAACAGAAGGAGUAGCACCUAGUACAAAACAGAAGGAGCAGCACCAUAUAUCUUGGCAAUUACUAAAAGUGAAAUUUUCUUCAUGUACUUAUAUUAGAAGGCUCCUGAAAUUGUUAUCAAAGCAUCGAUCCAGCUAUGGUACAGGAUCAACAUCAUGCUAUUCAGAUCAUAGCAGAGAAGGUUACCCAAUUGUACAAGGUUGCUAAAGAAAUUAGAUCACUUCUAACAACUAGAUCCCAUGGCAGCCGUAACAAAAAGGAACCGACGUACAAUCGAUCAGACAUCUUCAAUCGUGAUCCAUCAGAAGAGGAGGAGGAUUCAUCAGAAGAGGAAGAGGAUUCAUCAGAAGAGGAGGAGGAUUCAAAGCCACGCUUGAGGUCAAGCAAAACAACCAAUAAACCUUCAAAACACGGAGUCAAGAAUGGAAAACACCCUGCAUCACUAGGAGAAAGAAAAAUGAUCAAAAUGUCACCAAAAGUUACAACUCCUCCAGAUAGGUACGAAAGGCAAUGGGCGCGCAUCAAUAGUCCAUCGUCUUCUCGGAAGAGGAAACACGAGAGUGAAUCUGAGACACAAGUUGAAGGGAACCUGCAGAAGAAACGAAAAGUUAAAAAGGAGCUUAAAUUUUGAGGGUACUUAUUUCAAUAAGUCUUUAUCUACUUCUAGUAGAUAAAAGUGGGCUUCUUUUAUAUUUGAAUGUUAUGUUUAUUUUGU